AUGGGACGCGACUUUGGAGGACGAGGCGGUGGUAAGUUUUAGAUCUUUCUUACCUAAAAUCGUAUGCUUUUAUUGAUUUUGUACACAAUUGUAAUAAUUAUAUGUAUGAUUAAUGUCAUAUACGUUUGACGUGCUACUAAUGUUAAUAUAUUUCUUUUAGGCGGAUUCAGCGGUGGCCGAGGCGGUGGUGGCCGCGGAGGCUUUGGUGGAGGUCGUGGCGGUAGCCGUGGAGGAUUUGGCGGUGGACGAGGUGGCGGCGGUGGAUUCGGAGGCAGCCGUGGCGGAUUUGGAGGCGGCCGUGGAGGUGGCGGAGAUAGAAGCUUCAGCGGUGGCCGUGGUGGAGGCGGUGGAUUCAGAGGCAAAUCUCCAGGAGGAAGAGGACGUGGAGCCCCACGAGGUGGUCGUGGUGGAGCUGGCGGUGGAAUGAGAGGAGGCAAACAAGUUGUUGUUGAACCCCACAGAUUUGAAGGUAUGCAGAUAUUUUUUUUUGAAAUUUUUGUUUUAGAUAUGAUUCUUUUAUGUCAAGUAGCAUUUUACAUAAUCUUUGUGAUUUUCUACACCAUCUAUAUUAAUAGUCUACAAAUACAACAGUGUUUUAUAUGACUUUUCUGUUAUCUUAUUUUAAUCGUUUAGGUGUGUUCUUGUUGAGAGGAAAGGAAGAUACUCUGGCCACCAAGAACUUCUGCCCAGGAGAGUCUGUGUACGGUGAGAAGAGAGUCUCAGUGCCAGGAUCAGAUGGAGAACAAGUAGAAUACCGUGCCUGGAAUCCAUUCAGAUCAAAGUUGGGAGCUGCCAUUCUUGCUGGUACUGAAAACAUUCACAUCAAACCUGGAGCUCGUGUAUUAUAUUUGGGAGCUGCUUCUGGAACCACUGUUUCUCACGUUUCGGACUUGGUUGGACCUGUAAGUUUAUUAUGUUAAUAUAGUGUUGUUUUAUGUAUUUAUCUUGCAAUUUAUAUACAUAAUUAUCCCAAUGAAUCUUUUGUGAUAUUAUUUUUUAUACGCAAAAAGCAUGUUAUGUUUAUCAAAUAUUGAUUUUUUAGGAAGGUAUCGUCUACGCCGUUGAAUUCUCACACAGAUCUGGACGUGAUCUCUUGGGUGUUGCCAAAAAGCGACCCAACAUUGUUCCAAUUGUCGAUGAUGCUCGUCUCCCACAGAAGUACUCUAUGAUCGUUGGUAUUGUUGAUGUCAUCUUCUCCGACGUUGCUCAGCCAGAUCAAGCUAGAAUCGUCGCUUUGAACGCUCACAAAUUCUUAAGAAACGGAGGCCAUUGUGUUAUCUCCAUCAAGGCCAACUGUAUUGACUCCACCGCCGAACCAGAAGCUGUAUUUGCUGGAGAAAUCGACAAACUUAGAAAGGAACACUUUGCCCCACGUGAACAGUGUACCCUAGAACCGUACGAACGUGAUCACGCCGUGGUGGUGGCCGAAUAUAGAGCCAAGAAGAAGAAGAAGGCCGAGGAAGAAUAA